AUGGGUUCCCUUGCUGCUGCUUGUCUCGAGGAUUAUGCAGGGGCGUGUCCUGAGAUAAUCGUCAAGCGUGUUUGGAAUGACGAUUUCGUCCCAAUGAUCUCCCCUCACAUUGGAGAAGAGCCUUUCGCCGCUCUAUUGAGGACUGUACUAGAGGCAGUGGAGCCGAGUAGCGUUGGUGAUGCUACGCUGAAUGCUUUGCUGAGAUCAGCGGAAGUACUCCUUUGUCGCGGCUUGGAGGGUCCUGCGGCAACCGUGAUGAAUUUUCUGAUUGGUUCGGUUGGGAACGGCGACCUCGGGCGGCUCUCAUCCGGAAUCAGCGCUGUUCUAGAGUCGGUUGAGGUUUGGGAAAGCAGCACGGUGAACUCCGACUUGUUUUUCGGUCGUAUCUGCGAUCUGAUCGUCGCAUCCGCCCCCCGGUUGUCCACGGUUCCUCUGGUAGCUCUGAUCGACCAACUGUCGACAGUCUUCCUUGAGCACUUCGUAUCCAGUCCAGUGGCUACUGAAAGCUUUCUUAAUGCAAUGGGAGUGUUGAUUGGUGAUUCAUACGAGUGCCCACGUCUCGUAGAACUACAGCAUCGUCUUCGGUCUGCAGCGGUACUGGUAUCUGCCGUUACGAUAGGAUCUGGAUCAGUGGUGCGUCUCCUGAUGUUGGGUAUUGUUCCUCGUUGGCUGGUUCCUCUCUUGUCUGUUGAGGAUGUGGGAGUGACUGCUGGUGAGCUCUUCACAAGAGCAGUCGAGCUCGAUGGAGGAGCUUCGAGCCUUACAGGCUUGACGGCUCUCUUCUCUUGGUUGACCAGCGAUGGCGUUGUCGCCAACAAUUUACUAGCCGCUGCGGAGCCACUGUCGAAGUUGAUAGUGUCAGAAUGGGAACCUAGGAUGCUUACGGAGGCUCUGCUCUUGGUCUCGCACGUUUUGCGUCUCCUGGCAACCCGUGGCUGCUACCGCCCCGCAUCACAAGUGAAGGCUCGAGUGCUCUCCGCAUUCUCAAUAGCUCACCUCGAUGAGUGGAAACCCGAUGCUGAUGCGGCUUCGCAUCAUGUCAAACACAUAACAUUAACGCUGGCCUGGCUCCUUGAAGAAUGCGAGGAGGUUCCUGUGGAGAUAUUCACAUUGUUGGCGAAUGCAGUUACCGUCGCUGACUCUAACUUGGAAGUGGGUUCAGCAGAAUUCCUGCGAGCCGUCGUGGUCGCGGCCAGUCAGCAACCUCAGUUUGCAGAAUCUCGCAUGUUGCACUCUGCCAUCAAGUUGAUCGGUACGAUCGAGACUUUUGCUGAGGACUGGCAGGCAGAGACCUUGCUGACAGCGUGCUGUAAUUUCCUGGGCCGCGGUCAUCUUGGCGCCGAAGAAUGUGCUCUGUUGUGCGAUCUGGUGGCCGCUGUUCUCAUGAUGCAUCCGGUAGGAGUUGCCAUCUUGAUGGACGUCGGCGUAUGUUUGGAAGGAGUCGCGGCAACUCGGUUAACCAGCACUGGCUCUUUGCACAUACCAUUGCGUGAGAGCUGUCUCCAAGCAGCUUGUGUCGUAUAUGAGCUCUUACAAGCUCACAGUGCAACACCAAAGUGCAUUUGGCUGGGAGCAUGGGCAGAAUCGGAAACUGGUGGGAGCCCAGGAGCGGUGGCGUUUUGUGCCAUGGCUGGCAUCAGACUGCCAGUGGACGGCCUUAGCAGCAUCACAUUCACUGUUAGAUGCGCUUACUGGUCAAUGACUCUCUCUAGUGGCCGGAGCAAUCUUAACGAAAACGAGAUAUCCGACCUUUUAGCUUUUGGCGCUGAGGGAGUACUCAUGGGAGAGUCGUCAACGGCUGUGGAUACGGAGUGUGCGGUUACACUGCUGUCCACUCUGCUUGUGUUUGCUAGGCAAACCAGAGACUGCCUCGCUAUUUCGCUCAUACUCGCUUGUCUACUGUCUGAGCCCCCCAUUGGGCUCCCGUACUCUUGCCUGGUGUUGGCGCUUGUAAGGUACCGUCCUGUAUGGUAUCGUCUUGAUCCUGAUUGCCUAUUGGGUCAUCUGUGUAUUGUUGCUGAUUCUUUGGAGCAACUACCUGGAGACCAUCGUAGAAGGUUCGGAGAGGCUCUCGUGAAGUGGGCCUCUGACUUGUUAUCUCCUCGUCAUGUUGCGGCUAUCAACGAGAGUUCGCGCCUUCCUCCAGUCGUGGCACACGCUCCGCGGCGCCACGGAAAGGAUUGGGACACCUGGGUUAUGACUGGAAUGAUUCACCGUGCAUGUGACCUUAUCAUGAAGAAGUUAAUUUGA